AGUCAGUCAGACAAAUCUCCAACCUUGGUUGCAUUCACCUUUUACAAAAACACCCGAACUUUCAAAACACCCUGGGAUCCAUCACAACGAAUAGCUUCAGCAUUCCACUUAGUACGGCAGGAUCAUCGCAAGCGGCCCUUCAACAUGGCUAAAAGUCGCAAGACCAAAAGACAAGGAAAGACUACCAGACAAAUUGGAGCGAGUGAACGAUCAUGUUCGAUAUGUCAGAAAAUCAUCCUUGCUUUCACGCCUUCUAGAAGUAAGGAACGUCUCGAAGAGGUGUUGGCUACCUGGAAAGAGGUCAUGCACAAGGACAUUUUGCUCUUUCAAAAUGGGCGGGCUCUUCGUUUCAGAUUUCUAGUGCCCAUUGCAGUAGACACACUUGUUAGACUUGUGCGUUACCACUGGGACGACAACCGGGAAUGCACAAUACAGGCCACGUUGGGGCAGAUCGGUAAUCUGGUUGACGGCACUUUGAGAAGCUACAGUUUUGUUCUCCUCCCUUCACACCCGAGCGACAAUCUGGACAGAUAUGGAAGGCUUAUACAUGCACACUGGAUCGAUUCAAGUUUGUUUCGUCGUUGGAAAACUGAUUGCGACCAACACCAUCAGCACUGCAAGCCUUCCAGUGUGAUAUUACCAGCCCUUGCUUCCAUCCGCCCAGCAUGGCUGGUUGACAUUGUGCGUCAAUGUCUUGUUCCGGCUCAACUGACCGAUAGUUAUGUGUGUCUAAGCUAUGUAUGGGGCGGCUCCAAACAAUUCACUACGGCAAUGGACAAUAUUGAGAGGCUGCAGCAACCAAAUGCCCUCUCAUUCGUGCCUUUGGCAAAAACAAUCACCCACGCAAUGGCUGUGGUUGAGAUGGCUGGCGAAAAGUUUCUUUGGGUGGAUGCUCUAUGUAUUGUCCAGGAUGAUGACAAGCAGAAACACCAAGACGUCCAAAACAUGUCCGGAAUAUAUGCCAAUGCUACAUUCACGAUAAUCGCUCACAGUGCAACGAAUGCAGAUAGUGGGCUGCCCGGGCUUUUUGGUAUAUCACAACAACGUAAGGUUCAACAGCACAAUUGGCGUCUCGGGCCUUCUUCGACCGUUAUAAAUAUACAGCAUAGAGACUGGAAAGAUGAUCAAAACAGGGGGGGGGGGUGGUUUACCAGAGGAUCGACAUUUCAGGAAGAGUUGUUCUCCAGAAGACAAUUGGUUCUUCGUGAACAUUGGCCCGGCCCAUUGGACCUGUUGCCCGAUAUCACAAUACAGAUCCCGUCAACUAAACAAUAUCCCUAUCAGCGCAGUAUCUAUCCGGAAAUCCACAAUGUUUCCCCCAACAUCCCGAAACUAGCAAAAAUCAUCAAAUUUUACAAUAGGCGAAGUUUCCCCUUACGAGAAGAUUCUUUAAGAGCAUUUUCUGGAAUCGCAACAGCACUUCUCUCCUCGUUUCAGGGCGGACUAAUUUCUCGACUCCCAGAAGACUUCUUCUAUGCUGGACUUUUAUGGUUCCCUUUCUCGAAAGACAUUGUCCUUCGCUGGCCAGGAGGGAUACCAAAAGCAUCCUGUGUCCCGAGCAGCUUGGAUCUAAAGAUUUGGAGGGUAGCGGACACCUGGAGGCCAGUUGGAACAAAUCUCAGGUCCUGGAGGGGAGAACAAUGCUACCACGAGAAAAUUUCCCCUAUAGUCGAGUGGUCCUAUCACACCACAAGCGACGGUCCGGGAAUUGAGAUCAAGGACAGAUUUUACGCCUUGAAGGAGAAAUAUUUUGAUUCAGAUAAGACGCGAUGCCCUCCUGGGUGGACACGCCGUCUGUGGACGAGCUCCCGGGGUCCGAAUUGGGUAUACAACUACCACGACGAGUCCCGAUCGCUGCGAUGUCUCUUCCACCCGAUUCACCUACAGGGGAAGGGCGAUUCUGAAGUUCCUGGCAUGACCAUAGCCCCUUGGAUCUCUUGCUACACCCGUUCUGCAACCCUGCUUGCAGCGGAGGAACUAAUAGAUUCGCAGCCGGAGUACCUUGCACAAUGUAUAAGUUUACGUGACUCAAUAGGCACCUGGGCCGGUUUUUUGACCCUUAAUCCAGAUCCACUUUCGCCGUCCGAGACAUCUGAUACGGUGAACUUGGAUUUGACUGGGAAAUCUUUAACGUUGGUAGAGGUGGCUAGAGGAGAAAUUUGGGAACCCACGGAGGUUCCUUUUUUCCACUAUUUUAAAGAUGCUAACCACCCCGAGAGACCUAAAGGGGUUCCAUGGUACCAGUUUUAUUGGGUGAUGUGGGUAGAGAGGAGAGGACUGGGACAAGUGGUGAAGAGUAUAUGGGAAGCACAGAACCGGAAGAAGAUGCACUUGAUACUGGGGUAG